UACAAGUUUGCAUUCAUUUAGCUCGCUGCAUCAAUUUAGAACUCUACUACGGCUGCGUAUUUGUUUCCAAACGCGUGACUUUUGAUCGGUCAUCGCAGGGUCGCCGACUGCCUCUCGCAAACUUGGGAGUUCGUUUCGCCCGGGCUGCUGUGCCUUCACUCGGGUGGUGAUCUUCGUAGGAGGCGCCUUGCAUUUGCUUGAUUGUUGGCAUCGCACAUGCACGGGCGAUCCCGCCGCUACCCAAACAGCGACUUCUGAUAGAGCAGCCUCGUUUGGCAGAAGAAGGAGAAAACGGAGGGGGAAAGAGUGGGUGAGUGUUGCUGUGAGGACGCUGCAGCCGGUACUGGACAUUUAGGGAGGCGAUGCCACUGAACAUGUCACAGACAAUGAACAAAAACAUCACUGUACAGGUAUGAAUAAUCCUCUGAAACCCCGCUCUGCGUGAGUUUGGCUAAGCUCUUCAUCAGGACUAUGAUCUUUGGUGCAUGUAUGGAAUUACGCAUGAACUGAGCUCAUAUUUUUUCCAUCAUAUCCAAGAAUUUUUCGAGUGAUGAGGACAGCUGUUUUAACAGUGCAAUUAUCAUGUAGUAUCUGGACAAAAAAGAAAAGCAGCUCCUAAAAAAUAUAUACAUAUAUAAAUAUAUAUUUGACAUUUGACAUCACGCAACGGACCGCUUAGCCGCCACCAUGGGACUGUGACCCGGGCUGCGAGCUCUGACAGGCGGCUGUUUGUGUAGUCUGUGCUCCGUGUGCAGGCUGGACCUGAGCAGUUGUGACAUUUUAAGCCAUGGCUGCUGCUAUCGCAAGUGGGCUGAUCAGACAGAAGAGGCAAGCACGAGAGCAGCAUUUAGACCGGCCCUCGACCAACCGGCGGAGGAAAAGCCCCAACAAGAAUAAGGGACUCUGCAAUGGGAACCUGGUCGACAUCUUCUCUAAAGUGCGCAUCUUCGGCCUCAGGAAGCGGAGACUACGGAGACAAGAUCCCCAGCUCAAGGGUAUAGUGACCAGGUUAUAUUGCAGGCAGGGAUACUACUUGCAAAUGAACCCCGAUGGCUCUCUUGAUGGGACCAAGGAUGACAGCAGUAAUUCCUCUUUGUUCAACCUUAUUCCUGUGGGCCUCCGAGUUGUUGCCAUUCAGUCCGUGAAGACAGGGUUAUACAUCGCCAUGAACGGGGAGGGCCAUCUGUACACAUCAGAACUCUUUACAGCGGAGUGCAAGUUCAAAGAGUCGGUGUUUGAGAACUACUAUGUGAUCUACUCGUCUAUGUUGUACAGACAACAGGAGUCGGGGAGAGCUUGGUUCCUAGGGCUCAAUAAGGAGGGCCAAGCCAUGAAGGGAAACCGAGUGAAAAAAACCAAACCAGCUGCUCACUUCCUGCCCAAGCCAUUAGAAGUCGCCAUGUACAGAGAGCCAUCGUUGCAUGAUGUUGGAGAGACGGUGCCCAAGGCGGCGGUGCCUCCAAGUAAAAGCACAAGUGAGCCAGUGGUGAUGAACGGGGGUAAACCUGUCAGCAAGCCCGACAAGCCCACCACAUAGCCACACCUGAUUAGUGCCCAGUGUGUGUGUGUGUGUGUGUGUGUGUAUGUAUACUUGUGUGUGUGUGUGGAGGGGGGAGGGAAUGUGACAGAGGCAGGGCUUUCACUCGACCAGACUCUGGACCCUCUUUCUUCUGUGGAUCAGAUCCAGAUGAACCUCUCUCCUUUCCUUUUUUCCGCUUGCUCCUGGACGGGUGGAUUCUGAGGCGGCUGAGAUUCUCCAGCACAGGAGGGAAGAAGACCUCUGAUCAUGGAAUGCCUUCAGUUUCCUAUAAAACUGUGAGAAUUCAUGUGAAUAAUGCGUGUUUCACGUGCACGCUUUUGGUGGUACUUUGCUUGCUGACGGUACAUUCAAGAAACCUUCCCCCUCUCUAUAAUGCCCUGUUGCAGCAGAGUCUGUGUACCUUCAGAUCUAUUUUCUAUACCACAGUUCACCAGCUAUGUUCUGGGAUAGAGACUGUAUAGAUAGAGUAAAUAUUUGGACUGUCGUCCUCUAUUUUUUACGAGUAUGUUCCCUUCUCCCUCUCUUUCUAUCUCUAGUCACACACUUUUCUCUUUGUCAAGGAACCUAGAAAAGAUAAAAACAUUUUGCAAGGGAGUUGUGUGAUUUUCUAAGAAACACAUUCACACAGAUGUGGCAUAAAACAUAAUAUAAAAACAUAUAUUUAAAAAAAACUAUCCAAAUAUUCUUCUUGCCUACAACAUGCACACACUCACACUUACCGACAGACACACAAAGUUUAUGGGGAAAAAGUCAGAGAUGUUGCUUUCUACAGCUGAUAAAACACACUGGAGGCUGGCAGAUAGCUCCUGCAAUCAUAGUUGAUGAAGUGCUAAUUACCGUCACUGCAAUCAAUGUGAGGAGCUCCCUACACACAUACAAGCACACACACACAUUUAUAAACAGAUGUGUGUGUGGGUGGGAGAGCGCUGUAAGGAAUGGUGUAUACAUAUCACUAUCUAAGUCCCACCAGCGGUUCAGUCCGCCUUCUCUGGUAAAUAGAAAACCUGAAGUCUAUUUUUCUUUAAUCUUAUUUCAGAGCAUGGGCUCUAGGAAUAUCUCUAGGCCUUGUAGGCCUCUGUCCCUCACUCACUGACUUUUUUGGACUACAAGGCAAGGCUUGUGGCUUUGACCCAGAUGGUCUUUAACUGCAGCACUGGCAGCCAUCUUAUGGCAGCGUCUACUUAAAACCAGAAAACAACAUGGCUGAAAACCAGUAGGCGACAUUUGUACUGGCUGCAUCCCUAUUUGGUUUAGCAAACUAAAGCAUGGGCAAGGUUAAUAUUGUGUUCUCUCUUCUUACAGCAGUUAUACAAGAGCUGGCUUGUAUUGUAACAAUUUCACUGUAUAAAACUUAGGGAAAAUGGCUAUUAAAAAUCAUAACUUUUUAAAUGACUAGAUUGUUAUUAUUAUUAUGAUUAUUAUUGUUAUUAUUAUUAUUAUUAUUACUACGAGAGGAUUUGUCUCCUAGCUCAGCAUGCAGAGUCCAGUACUGAUCAUCUUGGCCUAUCACGUGCCUGUUUGGACCUUGAUUCCCGGCAUGCAAAAACAGGUUCCCAGUCCCCACUGGGCCAAAGGUGCCUCACCCACCCGAUACAUCCAUGUACAGGACACGUAGCAUUAUCCAUUGAAAAAAUCCUCACUCAGAUGUAUUCAUCCUGAAAUGACCAAAGUCUUUUUUCAUCCCAAGAAAAAGUGAUUCUUUAAUAGAAGGAAAAAAAAAAAAAUAAAUCCUGAUUCUCUCUCUGAUUCUGAUCCAUGGAAGCUUUCACUGUGAUAGCGUUUGUUCUGUAGGAAAGAAUCAACUCUCCUCAGACCCUGGGUGGUCUUGACUGAUGUCAUUUUUGGAGAAGUACGUAUACCUUGAAUUAAUCACAUGCAUGUAUUUUGUAUAAGGAACAAGGUAUGGGUACAGUUCUUCACUUUGCGUAAGCUGAAUAGCACUGAAGUUCGGUGUGGGAGUUGAGUGGGCAUGUUGAAGGCUACAGCACACUCACAGCUGAAGUGAAGGUAACCCACUGCACUUUCUGUUUUGCAUCUUCAUCAUGACUGUUAGCAGUUUAUUAAAGCUCUACCUGAUCGAUCAAUUUAUAACGUUUGUCUUGCUUUAAAGAUUUUUCCUAAUAGUUUUGUUAGAUAGGAUUUAGAAUAUUAAGUAGAUUGUUGCUGCUGUGUGCUGCUAAAAUUGCAACUAUACUAGGAAAUUUAUUUGGUACAUAUAAUUUUUAGUUUAUUGGGAGUACACAUGACCAUUUCUUAUCACAGCACAUCAAAGCACAUUAGUUAAAAUCCAAUAUUUGUCUGUACAAAGCUGUUAAUGCUAUAACAAACACACACACACACACACACACACAUACACACACACGCACACACACAGGAGCUGGAAACCACCAUAGUUGUAUUUGGGGUUGAUGUUCUGUCCUCAUUGCAGCCAAUCAUCCUCCACUCUUACAAACUCUACAUGCUGGGCUGGCUGCUGCUCCAGCCAUGCAGUCCAGUUAAAUGGCUCCUUCAAGGCUGACUUUAUUUUUGUAAAUGACCAGUGUGUAAAUGUGCGUACAUCUCUAUUUGGAUGUCUGUAUCCACCAUUUAUUUUCUUGUUUUUUCUUUUGACCUCUUUUUCUCUCGUAUACGGGUCGCGUGUGAUGUCGAUCUCCUGAUCACUUCUGCUUUGUUCCUCCUCUCUUCGGAUGUGUUGCAAGAAUAUUCCAGGAAACUUAGUUUCUCUGUUGCUUCUGUUUUCAAUCUCAUAUUUUGUACACUGUCCCAUCUGUUGCAUGGGGAGAGGAUGGCAUUGAUGAACUGCAUGUAGUAGGCUAUGUCUAUCAAGAACUGUUGGUAUGUACCGCUAAUUUUACAUACAUAUAUGCAACGAGUUUGUCUACACUAUACAGUUUGUGUUUGUUGUAUACACAUAUACAACAUAUUGAGUAAAAUAUUUAUAUAAAGGUGUACUGUAAUGUCAGUAACAUACUUAAUGCAAUAUAGAGUGCAGUAUAUUAUUGCACCUGUCAUUUUUGAUGGGACAAAGAAAACAGAGGGGUUGGCUAGUUUAAGCAUGAAAAAGGCCAAAGUAGAAUUUACAUUAAAUUUUCUUUGAGACUCCUUAUCGGUCCUCUUUUCAAGCGGUGACUGAGCUCUUGUGUCAAUGCAGCUCUCAUCCCCUGACGCCACCUUUUGAAGUGACAUGGACAUCCAGCAUGCCACAACUGAACUAU